AUAAGCCCCCCAGCAUCAAGAUGGAAAGAUAUCAUAGCGUGCCAACUCAAUCUUGUGUCCCCAACCUGCAAUUAAAGUCUUGCUCUGCCCAUCAUGGACCAAACUGUCAAAGUCGGCGCUGUACAGGCAGAGCCCGUAUGGCUUGACCUCGAAGGGAGCGUUGACAAAACCAUCGCCCUGAUCGAGAAAGCUGCCACCGAUGGAGUCCAAGUACUUGGGUUUCCCGAAGUUUGGAUCCCCGGUUAUCCAUGGCAAAUGUGGACGUCGCCAGUCAUUAACAAUGGGGGUUGGAUACACGAAUACAUGGCCAAUUCUAUGCGCAGAGACUCACGUCAGAUGAAACGAAUCCAACAAGCCGUCAAGAAGGCAGGUAUGCUCGUCGUUCUUGGGUACAGUGAGCGAGAUGGAGCAAGCCUGUAUAUGGGACAGUCAUUCAUCGAUACAAAUGGCGAAAUCAUCCAUCAUCGACGAAAGAUCAAGCCAACCCACGUGGAGCGAACGAUCUGGGGUGAAGGACAAGCCGAAUCGCUCAAGGUCGUUGUUGAUUCCAAGUUUGGAAAGGUUGGCGCCUUGAACUGCUGGGAGCAUUUGCAGCCAUUGCUUCGAUACAACGAAUAUGCGCAGGGUGUGCAGAUUCAUAUUGCUAGUUGGCCAGCUGAGUUUGAGAUGCCAGACCCUCAGAAGAUCGCUUGGUUGUACCACGAAACUGGCGAGGCCAGCUAUCGCGCAAGUCAGUUCAUGGCCAUUGAAGGAGCAACUUUUGUCGCUGUUGCCUCGCAGGUUCUCACCGAAAAGAACUUGGAAAGAAAUGGACUUACAGGCAAUCCUGUGACCAAAACACCGGGUGGUGGAUUCUCGAUGAUCUUUGGGCCUGAUGGCAAGCCACUUGCAGAGCCUAUCGGUGACGGUGAAGAGGGCAUCAUCACGGCUGUGGUCAAUCUGAGAGAUAUCGAUAAGCCCAAGGCUUUCAUUGACGUCGUUGGACAUUACACGCGGCCUGACCUGCUGAGUCUCAAGGUCAACGAGAAGGUUGCAAAGCAUGUCGUCGUGGAUUAGUGGCGAGGCGAGAUCUCGAAAUGGUGGUUUUUCUUUCAGCCGUAUCCAAGGGUCAUAUUAUCAUUGCCCAGGAGAUUUUACUCUCUCUGGAGGUUUGAUUCAUGCGCGGGUUCGUUUUUAUGAUAGCGCUCGUAGUUACUCAUCUUCUCAGAUAUCCAAUGGCACAAACUGUCAAUUGCCUUUAGAUUCGA